UGAUAUUGGGCAGCGGUACGUAAACAUCAAGGUUAUAAAACCGGAGCAGCUCGCUUGCCUUACUUACCACAAAGGUUUGUUACUGUACUUAACCACUCUACAGCCAUGUACGCAGUAGUGCUAGCCGUGAUUGCCCUGGCCUUGGUGGGCUCAGUGUCCGCCCAACCACAACCCUGCUGCACCCCCAACCAGUGGGAGGCCACUAUGGUGGAGGCUCAGGGCUAUGUGCAAAACAUGCAGCCCAAGACGCUCGUCGGGACAAUCGAGGUGUCCUACGACUUUGACAACAAGAAGAUGGCGUUCAACCAGAGGCUCAACAACUCAGGAACUCCUAUUCUGGUCAAAGUCAUCAUCAACUACAACGAGGGGAAAAUGUACAGCAUAUCGGACGGCGUGUGUACUGAACUGAGCGCACCAACUCCCGACAUGCCACAACAGUGCAUCUCAGCUGGUGCGAUGUUUGAGAGAACCAUGCGGCUAGGCGGGCCGGGCGGGCUGGAAGUGAACUCCUUCGGGCUGUGGAACGUCCAGGGCGUGGCGUACGGUACGGCCCAGAUGACGUCAAGAGACUGCCUCCCUGUCACCGAGGUCCUCAUAGCAGAGCAGACCGGGCAAGUACUUGGAUCAGUGCAGGCCAUUAUAUUUGACGGGGUGACCACCGGCAUCAAGGACCCGAGUGUGUUCGACCCUCCCAGUCCGCCAUGCAACAGCAUCCCAGAUGCACAUCAUCAGGAAAGUCGGAGUGGGGGGACACCAUUCUUCCAGAGAACCCUUGGACGCUUCGGGAUCCCUGUCUUCUGAACAGCAGUGAAAUAUUCAGAGCUAGAUAACACCUCGCUUUAUGUCAUCACUACGCAAAAGUAGUGAUCUUUUCAUCAAAUAAAUGCUAUGGAAUAAAA